AUGGCGUCGGACGCCGCCCCGACCAGCACCGUGACACACGACGACGAGUUCUCGCCUCCAGGGCUCGAUCACGACGCGCUAGGUUACGCGAAGGCCCAUCAGGAUGCCACUAUAAACGAUGCUGAGAUUCCAAAUCCGUUGGCGGAGGUCGUAUAUAGUCCGCCCAUCGGUCUGUCUACCGACGAGGUCAACCGUCGCAUCAUCGCAAUACUCACGGAAUCGCUGCAGAAGCACGAAACCGAUGCCGACGGUAGAUCAUACCUCGAACCUCUCUUCAGAAAGGACCUGUGUUUCGGCACAGUCGCGUUUGUCGGCGUACUUACCCUUGUGGCCCAAAAGGAUCAUGCCAGGGUCCCGUGUGUCAUUUACUUCGUGCUCCUCACGGGGUGGCUCGCACUCAACGCGUUCGUGAAGUUGACCAUGAAGCGGAUCCGCAGGUCGCGAGUCAGCGAGAGGGUAAAGGACAUCCUCACGUCAUUCAGAAGCGACAUUGGAGCCACUGUGCACUCCGAGCUGGAGCAGAAGAGGUUCUCGUUCGAUCCACCAAACUCCGUCCUCAUACCGGUAUACCGUAACCGGGAAUGGAAGCGUCUCCCCACCAAUGUGCUGGUCUCCGGCGACGUGUUCAAAAUGAAGCCUGGGGAGGUGUUUCCCUGCGACUGCAGGAUCAUACUGAAGUGUGAUGUCGAGGGAAACGUCGUUCUCGGUGAUGAGGUCUUUCAGUUCGGAAGCGUUUGCGGCAGCGUGGGCGAGCCCAAGCCGAACGUGGAGUUCAUUGACGGGACGUUCAUCGCUCAGAGUGACGCGAUGCUGCCCCAACUCAAGGCCUUCCUGGACACGAAGCUCUACGGCAACCCCCUGGUCAACCGCGGAUUAGAGCGCAAUGUCUUCGAGGCACCGUUCGAGUCCAAUGGCGGCUCCUGCAAAAACUCGGUCUGGGACCUGAGCGACAGCACCCACUUUUCCAGAAUGCACAUCACCAACAUCGAGAUGUCAGUCUACCUCAUCCUUACCGCGGUAGCGGCGCUGACUCACGGCUGGCUAAAUGGGAUUAGCGAGUGGAAGAGCACGCUGUUCGUAGUCAGUACGCUCCUAAUUUGUUUCGCAUUCCCAGGUUUUGAGCCGCUUGUACAAUUGGCUGACAUUUGGGGUAACGUCAAGCUACAGACGCUCUUCAAUUGGCACAAUGAAAAGAGGCUCACCGUGGAUAUCUGCCCGCAGCUGUCGAGCUCUAGUUCGUCCACGUUCAUCGGAGGCUCCAAAGCUGGGUCAGUAGAUAGUGACAUGGACGCCGACCAGAUCCCGCUGGUCAACCACCUAAAGGAACUCAACAAGGUGAUGAAAAGAGGCUUAGAUAGUGCCGGCAGUCUCCUACACGUGCUCUCGUCGGUUACGCUACUGUGCUUCGUGGACGACGUUGGGCUGCUCACGGAGGGGUGCGCAACGCUGCAGGAAAUCGCAAUCAUCAAGGGCAACGAUAUAGAACGAGCCAACACAAUGAGGUCGAUGGUGGAUUCUCCCCCGCGAAAUAUGAAUUCCACGAUCUCCCUCAGGGGGAAAUCGUCAAUCGAAAGCGAUGACUCGGCUUAUCUCAGCCUCAAAAAAGGAGAAAGUUACCGAGAAUGCGCCACAUGUGGGAUAUCAAGCACGGGUCACGAACACCUCGUCAUUCUCGACGUGUACUCCGACUCAUCCCAGUUCGGCAAACAGUACGUCAGGUUCAACAACGAGGACGAGCGUGGGUGCCUCCCGCAGCUGCUGCCGCUGUCGUUCGCCAUGUCCGUCACGCAGUUCCCGCGGUACCAGCCGCCCUCGCUCUUCAGGUUGCCUCCCGAACUCAUAUACACGUAUGUCGGGAUGCUGUCAAACGAGAGAUUCUGCGAUUUCACCGACUGCCUGUGCACAUUCACGGGUUCGAUCGGACUCAAGCGCUCGUUCAGCCGCCGGUUCCGGUUGAUGAGGUUUGUCAUCCUGAUAGAUGAGGCACACGGGCCCAACGGGAUGCUGUUGUUGUUUUUCCUGCGCGAUCCCAGGAAGCAAAUUGUCCAGAUGUUUGCCAAGGGCAAACUGGACAUGCUGCUUGAGCGCAACCUCAACUACCACAACCACCAACAAGGCAAGAUCCUUGGCGUUAACAGGCUGAUGAAACGGAAGCUGAAGGAACUCAACAUGCAGUGGGUGUCCUCGGGAAUGGUGUCGUUUGCGUACGCCUACAAGCCCAUCCACCUGGAGGAGUUCAACAUGCUCAUGGCACACCUGGACUCCACAACCGUCUUCAGCGUGAAGACGGGGAAGUCAGAGGGACGGCGGAAACGCAAAUACAUGUACCUUGAGGGGGCGACGCCAAUCUCGAUGCAGCUUGGCGGCGAGGACCUAUACAGCUGGUUCAAGCAGUUCAAGAAGCAGGACAAGAGCGAGCCUUCCGAGCCCUGGGACACCAUACCCAAAUCGACCAAAAAACGCAUCCUCAAGGGAUAUGUCGGCGACAUGGUCAGCGCGUGCCUCAAAAACACGGUACUGCUAGGCAUGUCAGCUGACAAGCGGCUGUACCCCAAAGAGGUACCGAGCCGCAUCCAGUCGUUCCACGAUGCCGGGGUGCGCUUCGUCUACUUCAGCAAACACGAUGAACGUCAAACAAGGGUAACGGGGGCUCAUCUUGGCCUGGAAACCAGCUGGAACUCUAUGAUUAGCUUGGCUAACUCUGAGCGGUCCACGUACAUUAACCAGGAAGGAAACGUAGUGCUGCCCAGCGGUAUCGAGAACAUCAAGCGGCACAUUGCAGAGGUUGACGACAUCCCGCUGCAGGUGUCCCUGUUCGCGAAUUGCAACCCAAAGAACACGGCCGAAAUGCUUGGGAUAUUACGGAACAACGGUGAAACCAUCAUGUGCAUCGGUGGUGGCCUGCGACCCUCCAACUUCUACGUAUUUAGGGAGGCGCAUAGCUCAGUCUCGGUGGCGCAGGGGUACCACCCGGUCUGCCGUUUCUGCCGCGGCAAGCGCUGGAGCGGCGUCGCGAGAGCGCAUAUGUUCGACGAGGCGCUUCCCGAAAUGAAGCUGUCGGCGGCGCUGACCAGCCUGCCAUGUGACCUGCAGACGUCGACCAUGUAUAAGGUCGCGGAUCCAUACUAUGUGAUGGAGAUGCUCUACGAGGUGUUACGCGUUGCUCGACAUGUGUCCACGAACAUCCAAGAGUCUGCUGCAUUCAUGAAGCUCGCGUGCCACUCGCUAGCCUGGUUGCUGUUCCUGCAGGCCUGCACAGGAUUCGCGGAUUUCAUACAGCCGAUGGACUUUGCGUUGACGCUCUGUGCAUACAUCCCGAUGGUUUCAAUUUCGCUGCUGUCAAACCCGCCGGACGACAAAAUCAUGGAGACGCUACCCAACAAGAUACACAAAGAUGAUCUCAAGGUGAAAGGCAAAAGCAUGCUGCGCAACUACUCGAGGCUCUUCCUCGCAACUACCCUAACGGCUGUGGGAUACUGCAUAUGUCUGUUUAUAAUAAACAGGACGGUCACGGCAGAACUCUCCACCAGGGGAGUUGCGAUGGAGAUUGGCAACUGCGACUCCCCCUUCCGAAUGCCCCUGCGACAAUGCGUCAACAAGGUGCGCGACACACUAGCAGCCCAUCGACAAACUCUGGGCGAAGAUAUGGUUACAGUGCACCCCGAUACGCCGCACGUGCUCGCUCAGCUUUGCGCCUCAGUGCUACUGGUGUUCAACCUCGCCACCGCCUCGAGCUCGUGGGUGAACAAGUAUGGGCAUGGUUCAAACUGGCCCUGGCACAACAUCAACUGGAUGCUCACGUCGCUCGCCGUGAUUGUCGGCCAUAUAGCAAUAUUGGCGCUGAGGAUCCGAUUGUCACAAAUAUCGUCAAGGGAGGUCGCGCUGCUGUUCCCGCUCCACGCUAUUGGUUUCGGACCCGGGCUGGCGCUUAUGAUCGUGCUCUUCGAUCAGCUAAUCAAGCUGCAGCUACGCCGCGAACGCAACAUUGAGCAGAAGUUUUUGGAGCUCCUGUUCUCUACACGGCUUGGCAUGUGGAGCCCGAAGUAA